AGCCUGGCCGCUCUUUGUUGCAGUUGGCUACGCCCUCCAUCCAGCUCACAAAAAACAGCCUCAAAAACAACCAUUUCCUCUCUGCCGAGGGGGGAGCACACGCUCGCCUGCACACGCGCGGACACACAGGCACACGCGCUCCCCCAGCCGGGCCCUCUGCUCUCCAGGACCGGCCGUCCCGCGGCGGAGGCACGGGCAGGCGCUCGGGCCCAGCUCCCCGGUGCUGCUCGGGUUCUCGGGGGCGAGGCGGGACAUACCCCACGGCGCCGCCCGCCCCUCCAGCUGCUCACGGGGAGGAGAGGCCUGGCUCCUCAGGAAGACGGCGCACGCACGACCCCGGACUGUCGCUGGCGCCCCGGAGCCCUCCCCGGGAUGGGCCAAGAGGCUGGCUGUGGCUCGGGCCUGGCCCCGCUCCAGGUGCAGGAGGCAGGGUAAGCACGGGCCCAGGUGGGCUCACCCGCACCCGCUACCUGGGCCUUCUCGAUGCCUCUGAGGAUGAGCGCUGAUGUCCUCUAGCAGCCCCUAGCUGCCCGCGGCUCUCCCUGGCCACAGCGACCGCCCGGGGCUGGGACUUUCUCCACGGCGAGCGGACGGCACCGAGUCAGCAAUGACUGUUCAGAAACUGGUGGCCACGGCGGUGCUGGUGGCCCUGGUCUCUCUCGUCCUCAACAACGUGGCAGCCUUCACCCCCAACUGGGUGUACCAGACGCUGGAGGACGGGCGCAAGCGGAGCGUCGGGCUGUGGAGGUCCUGCUGGCUGGCGGACAGGGCCCGGGGAGGGCCGAGCGCCGGGGCCCGGCCGGGGCCGGCUGACGCCAGGGACUGCGAGGCCCUGGGCUGGGGCUCCGAGGCGGCCGGCUUCCAGGAGGCUCGAGGCACCGCCAAACUGCAGUUUGACAUGAUGCGCGCCUGCAACCUGGUGGCCACGGCGGCGCUCGCGGCGGGCCAGCUCACCUUCGUGCUGGGGCUGGCGGGCCUGCCCCCGAUGUCGCCCACGUCGCAGUGCUGGGAGGAGGCCAUGGCCGCCGCGUUCCAGCUGGCGAGCUUCGUCCUGGUCAUCGGGCUGGUGACGUUCUACAGAGUCGGCCCGUACACCAGCCUGUCCUGGUCCUGCUACCUGAACAUCGGCGCCUGCCUCCUGGCCACGCUGGCGGCCGCCAUGCUCAUCUGGGACGUCCUGCACCGGAGGGAGGACUGCAUCGCGCCCCGGGUCAUCGUCAUCAGCCGCUCCCUGACCGCUCGGGUCCGCCGAGGGCUGGACAACGAGUACGUGGAGUCGCCGUGCUGAGGCCGAGGGGCCUCCCGCACGGACACGGACAGCCCGCAGCUAUGUUUCCUCCGUCACGCAUCGCACAUCCCUCGGUCACACACCGCCUGCGCCACGCUCCCGCCGCGCCCACUCUGGGCCUCGCCGUCCCCCGGAGACCAGCUCCUUGGGCGCUCGGACGGCAGCCAGCGCGCUCUGCACCGCGGUCUAGGAUUAAUUUAUUCUGUAUCUGCUGAGGGGGUGGGUCCUCGGUCAUCUUACUUUGGUAGAGCAGAACGCCCGGGAAGAUGUUCCGGAACUGUCCUUGCACGUCCUCAAGUGACUCAGAAUUUACAACCAGAUGGCUACGGUUUGACGACGGGAUUGUGUUAGUAACGUCCGUUUUGCUCCUGACUAUUUUUCUAAGUUAAAAUAAAAGGCAGACUUCUCACCA